CUUUUGCUUUCUCUUUCUCUUCCCUCCUAUUUUCCUCUCUCUUUCUUUUUUUUUUCCCUCCCUCCUUCCUAUCUCUGACCUAAUUGAGAUCCUUCCCUUUGUAAUAUCAAUCAGCUAGGCCUAGAUCCAUAACCAGUUAUAGAUCAAAGAUGACUCCAUCAGGUCAAUUUGGGGACACAACGUAUACAAAGGUGUUUGUUGGGGGUUUAGCUUGGGAGACUCAAAAGGAAACCAUGAAGAAAUAUUUUGAACAAUUUGGUGAUAUCUUAGAAGCUGUUGUUAUCACUGAUAAGGCUACUGGAAGAUCCAAAGGCUAUGGAUUUGUAACAUUUCGUGAGGCAGAAGCAGCGAUGAGGGCUUGUGUUGAUGCUGCUCCUGUUAUUGAUGGAAGAAGAGCUAACUGCAAUCUUGCUUCCAUGGGAGUUCAAAGAUCUAAACCCACUACCCCUAAACAUGGAGGAGGAGGCAGGAACUUACGGGUGAUGAGUGGUUUUCAUGGAGGGUUUCAAUCAGCAACAGCAUUUCCUUCAGCAACAACCUUCCCUCAUUAUGCUAUCCAACAAGGGAUACCUUACAAUCUUUAUGGGUACUCUCCCUACUCGCCAGAUUACACAUACCCUACGGGUUACUAUAGUGUGUAUGGGGGAGGAAAUAGUCAAUAUGGAGUGUAUGGGAGUGCAGCUACUGCUAGUGGUGUGUUAUCAAGUGCAGCUGCUGCAUUUUACCCAUACAUGAAUUUUGGUGAAGGAAAUGGCAAUGGCUGCUACACACCCAGCCAGGGCUAUGGUGUUCAGUACCCACACCAUCUCUUCCCCUAUUCUGCUGCUGCUGCUGGCCCUGGUUACCCAACACAGCACUAUGGCACCCCAAUUUCCCUAGCUCCCUCACCUGCCCUGCAUUCAGUUUGUUUUGCUGUGCCACAGGCGUGACAAUGACUCUGCGUGCACCAAUUCCUCAUCAUUAAGAGAGAUGGUAUAAUUGUCAAGAGAGAUCGAUACAACAUUGAUCUAUAAAAUGCCUCCCUCCGUGAAGGAUCUUUGGCCUAACCAUGGUUCUCUUGCAUCUUUCUCUUUCUCAAUUAAUGGAAGGAAGCCCGCGUAGGGCUUCUCCACAUAGGGUGUGGAGUAAAAUUUAAUCAAUCUCCACAUUUCCAUUUCUUCUCUUGUAAGGAAAGGCUCCUUCAAGAGAAACAAAGCAUUGCAUAUGCAUCAUCAUUAUCAUCUCAAGCUAUCAAAACAGCUUAGUUGAUCAUCAUAUUUUUUUUUCUCUCUAAAAACUUAGCCUAAUUGGAAAGGCUAAAGAAGAUUUUGCCCCUCAAGGGCUCAACUAAAAUGUCCCAAGUUAGUUUUAGUUUUUGAAAGAAAAGAGUUGAUGUAAAUUUCAACUUCACCUUAAUGUGAUGGCUAGUCCCUCCAACUUAAGCUUUACAUAUAACUUGUAGAUGUUAUAAAAGUUUUGUGAAAUCAUGGGCAUGAGGAUGAUGUCCCAAGUUUUUGUUACUUCUAACUAUUAACUAGUCUUAGGAUUUUACAACUUAGACUAGCUAGGAUCAAUUUACCUUUUGAAAAUCUUUUUUUAAAUUUUCUCUGUAUCUAACAAGCCAGUAAUCUCUCUUGAGGAUAAGAGGGAUUACCUGAACUAACUGUUGAUGUUUUUCUUUUAAUGUUGUAAAAAGUGUGGGGUGGGGGCUAGAAUUGGGUAAUUUUAACCCCCUUUUACUUUAAACAUAGGAGGGAUACUAUUGAUUUUGUUUGGUAAAUGUUUUUAUCAUAAGGAAGUCCACUCCAUUAAAUGGUGAUGGAGUUCCAAUGCAUGUGAAGUUGGUUACCCUAGGGAGAUAUUUUGGGGUCUCUUGGGUACUUCUUCAACAAGAGUGUCAACCAUGGUUAGGACUCAGGUCAUCUUCAUUUCUCUGUAAUUUGAUAUUAUAUAUAAUAUGUAUGGAUUGUAGUAAACUAGCAAGUAGAUUCAUUCUCCAUCAUGGAUGAUAGAGAAUGGAUUCAUUACUACUUAAGCAACUUACUCUUUUUAUUUUUCAAUUAUGUCAGACACAACUUUCUUUUAAUGCAUCCAUUGUUUAUGAAUUGAUAGACUAAUGUUUCUUAAA